CACAGUGUGAUGAACAGUCUGAGAUUAAUGUGAUCAGGGAAGUAAAUGGUCAGCUAUUACUUACGUAUCUCUUUCAGUCAAAAAUAAUCAUCGUUAUUAUUCAACAGUAGUGUACAUGUUUCUAAUGAAAAAUUAUUCAUGGACGGAUAUUGUUUGGUAAUACAAAUGUUUGUUGAGUAAUUGAAGGUCGAUAUGUGAAGGUAUUAAUUAUUCUACAUAAAUUGACAAAUGGAACAAGACGCAAAGAUUCUUAAACGAAUGAUAUGCUUCACAGAUUCAUAAUAUUGGUGUAAAUAUUUCUUGGACAAAUUACAGUUGGGAGGAUGCACUCAGGAUAUCUCACCACUGAUUGGAUAAUACCAUCUCUUUUGUGGAUUAUUCUAAUUCCAAAUAAUUUACAAAUGAUACUAAUCUAUCGAGAUUUUUCUGUUGAUGCCUAUUCACUAUUGACGUCUACUGAAAUUAUGGACAAGGGCAAUAUUUAUAAGCGGCAAAUCAACAGCCAUGACGAUUUCAACUAUGCUGCAACGAUCCACGCUAACAAUGCACCAACAAUACCUCAAUAUCCUUUACGAUAUUCCAUUACAGAAAAUCAACCCAUGGAACUAAGAAUCAGUAAAAUAGAUGAUGAUCUUAUGAAAAUACCUGAAAUACCAUCUGAACUACUCAAACUACUGCAAUCAUCAUCAUCAUCUAAUAAACCUAUGCUAUACUAUCGAUUAAGGGAGCCAUCGAAUUAUUUCCAUGUAAAUGAGACAACCAGUGAAUUGACUACAAAAACUCUACUUGAUUUGGAGGCUUUAUGUCCUAGAUACUGUAAAGACGACGUGUUUGACGCUCUACUGACUAUCUAUGUGGAUAUAUUAACAAGAAAUUUUCAGUUAAUCUGUGUUGUAAAUAUUGAAAUUACAGUGACUGAUCUGGAUGACAAUUCACCUAUAUUCCCACCAACUGUACCUAGACCAUAUGUGCUGAAAUUAAAAGAAGUUAUUUAUCGUGCUGGUAAACAUGUGGAUCUACCAAGUGCAGUGGAUAAGGAUGUUCAACCGAAUAAUGCUAAACUAGUUUAUCGACUUGAUUCCCUUCCCGGUGAUGAGUCAGAUGCACUGGAUACAUUUCUAUUGGUUGUACGGAAUGAUACACGUCUUGCACUUGUCUUACAAAAGGAUUUAGAUUAUGAAUCUGUUAGGCAAUAUCGAUUUUUCUUAGUCUGUUCAUCUGUACAUAUCAAAAGUGAUAAUAAUAAUAACUCGCAUUCAGUGAGUACAGAGGAUCGAUUAGAAAUUAUCGUGGAAGUGCUGGAUAUCAAUGAUAUUGAACCGACGUUUGCAAAAAGUGUUUAUGAAAUACAAGUUAGAGAAGAUGUUCCAGUAAAUUCAACCAUUUAUCAAUUACUGGCUACUGACAAUGAUGUUAAUUCAACUAUCACAUAUUCAUUAGAAAAUAGAGCUGAUUCAAAUGUCACAUCAAAAUUCAAGGUUGAAACAAAUGGCCGAGUGACUCUGGCUGAUAGAUUGGAUUAUGAACAAAGCAGCUCCUAUAGCUUCACUGUACGCGCUAGUGAUGGAGAAUUUUAUGCCCUAGCUAGACUUAUUAUUGAAGUUAUAGAUGUGAAUGAUGAACCUCCGGAGUAUGUAUUAAAUCCACAUCGAUUGACGAUACAAGAAAAUAAACCUGCAAGAACAUUAAUUGGUCAGCUUCUCAUAAUUGAUCGCGAUAGUCCAGAAAUAAAUGGGCAAGUACAGUGUGAAGAACCCUCCGAUGUUGAAACAAAACAGCCUAUACUCUUUGUGAGAGAAUCUACUUACAUAACCGAAAAGUUCUUUCCGUCACUGGCAUCAUCACAAUUUGAUGACAGUGAUCACCUGAAAACUUCACCGUUACAUUCAAGUUCUGAAACUCAUGUAUAUCAACGGUAUACACUCUACAGUCAAGCUGAAUAUGAUCGGGAGAAUGGAACGGAUGAAUACCACAGUAUUUUAUAUUGUUGGGAUGGUGUUUCUGCAGCCUCAUCGUCUACUAAAUCUGUCCCAAAAAACAUUUUCACUUCAGAUCAGACUUCUUCAAUAGAGAGUUUUGGAUCAUUUUCUGCAUCGCCGUUAUCGUUAACUGGACUUACAGCUACUAUGACUAUUACACUGUAUGUGGCAGAUGAAAAUGACAAUGCACCAAUCUUUGAUAAACAGCAGUAUGAGGCAGAAAUCAUAGAAAAUGCGCCAACUAAUACAAAGAUAAUACAGGUACAUGCUACGGAUAAGGAUGUUGGAGAAAAUGCCCAAAUUCAUUAUAGUCUGGAAAAGAAUGAAUUAAUCACCCCUUACUUUAAAAUAGAUCCGGUUACUGGUUGGAUUAUGAGUUCAGCUGAAAUUGAUCGUGAAGCUCAGUCAGAAUUUCAACUUACAGUAUUGGCAAUCGAUGGUGGUGGCUCUCAUGCACUGGACAGUCGAUCGCACAGAACAAAAGACGUCAUCGCAAAUUAUCAUACAGCAACAGCACAAUUACGGAUAAGAAUAUUAGAUGAAAAUGACAAUGCACCUGAAUUCCGUGGUCCAAGACAGUUUGCUGUAGAAGAAAAUCAACCACCACACACGUGGAUUGGUGAUCUUCAAAUACUAGACAGAGAUGAAGGACUUAACAGUGAAGUGACAUUUAAAAUUUUACCCGGGAGAACAAGCAGCACCGGCAAUGAACAAAAUUCAAAGAAGAUUAAUAAUAAUCUAACUCUGGAAUAUGAUCUGCCAUUUUACUUGCUGAAUAAUGGAAGUUUGUUCACCUCAGAAAUACUGGACAGGGAAAAUCAGUCACACCACUGCUUUGAAGUUGUUGUCUCCGACACGGGUGGAAAUAAGUCCUAUUCUACCGUUGAUACCAUAUGCAUACGUGUAUUGGACACAAAUGAUAACAAACCGUAUUUUAUUGAAAUUAAAGGAGUAGAUCAAGCUAUAAUUACUAAAGAAUCAACCGCGAAUAAUUUAUCCUACUCAAAGUCAUCUUCAAUUAUUCAACCUGGUUUGUUUAAUCAAAGCUUCAUACAAUCAGAAACUUUACAAAAUUCUGUUGUACAUUUAUCAGUGAAUGAAGCACCAGGUUAUUGUGUACUGAUAGCUAAAGCAGUUGAUAAUGACGAAGGUAUAAAUGCACAACUACGAUACAGCAUUGAACAGUAUUAUUCAAAUAUAAGUCAGGAGGAAACUACAAAAGUACGUGAAAUACUCAAUGCAUUCACAAUGGAUCCUAAAGAUGGACAACUUACACUGACAAGGUAUUUACGCUGGUAUGAAAUAGGCUCUUAUGAAAUAAUACUAAGUGUGGAGGACAAUGGAAAGCCAGUACAGAGAGCAGAGAAGGUUAUUCAACUGAUUAUCGAGGAGACUCCAGCUAGAGGAAAUCUACUACUGCCUCCAGGAAUAACAACAAUGUAUGGUUCAAAAUUAUACAAGUCAAAGUAUAAAAUUUCAGAAGCACGUACCAUCCUUAUUGUGAUUAUCUUGUCUGGAUUAUCAGUGUGUUUAGCUGUUGUAAUAAUCAGCACAAUUCUGUGCAUUGUUAAGCCUUGCUUGAAAUCAAAGUCCUCAUUUCACUUGAAAAGAACAAAAAAAAACAAACCCAGUGAUAGAUGUAAACAUUACACCAAAAGAUUGAAUACUAAAACUUUCAAUCAUAAUAGCACUAAGUUGACCUCAGUUACUCGUGAGAUAGGUUGUAAUGAAGACUAUGAACAUCAUAGAAAUCGUUCAAGUGAAUGUAAUUCGAGAGGAAGUGAAGGAAUUUUAUUCGAUCCUUUAUCUAGUACUACUCUUACUCGUCAUCAAGCUCACCUCCAGAAUGACGGAUUACUAAUCACUAAUAAGCCUUUAUCAAAUCCUAACUACAGCUUAGAACCAUGUAAAUUGGUUGGAAUUGACAACUGUUUCACUGGUACUAUCAUUCAAAAUAGGAAUAACUCACCAACAACAUUCAAUAUGUCAUCAUCAUGCACAAGUGGUUUAAGUAGCAUGGAACAGGAGUUAUGUAUGAUAAACGGAACAAGAGCUGUGUGUGUGGGAAGAGUGAUCACACCGGUUGAUUCAAUUCAAAAUGUGACUCCACAACAGAAUUGCAAUCCAGUUUACUUAGAAUACCCAUGUAAUAACUAUCCGUCCACAGUAUUGAGCGCAUUCCCUUAUACCAUACCCUCUAGAUGUUCAGCUUGUUCGCCACACCAGCUGGAUACUUUCAACCCAUCAUUCCAAGCAUCACAGCCAACAUUUGCAAUGCCAAUACUGGUGACUUCUAAUAAUCCCCCUAUAAAAUCUGAUUCGCUUACAUUUCAAUGUCAAGAAGCAACAAACCUUCCAACCUGUUAUCAUCACCAUGAUGGAUCAGUUUUCGUGUCUUCAAAUCCUUUGACUAACGCAUCAGUAGUGUUCGACUUAAGUACCAAUAGUUUUAUUGAUAUGAAAGUAUUGAAUCAAACAAAUCGCUUGAACGAGGUUACUGAUGCAUCAAGUCAUCCUCCAAUAAUCAGUGGAGAGGAACAACGGUCGGACAGUGGUCGUGGUGCAAGCGAUGAAGAAAAUUCUAGUCAAAUCCCUAUAACUAAUGAUGAAAUUAUUUCGUCCUCAGUGAUCAAUCCAGGUGUUUGUGAACAGAAGAAAUUUAUUAUGCUUGAAUGUCAAGUGAAUAGUAAUACGGAAAUUCAUUCAAAUACGGUGAACGUUUAGAGUUUUGUAACUAAGCGUAACCCUGAUGUCAGAGCACCUAUGCAACAUCCCGUACAUCCCCGUACACACUCAAGAUAUGGAUGAAUAGUUUACGAUAUAGCACAUAUGUAUAUGAGACUGGACUGCACCAACUAACGUUGUUGUUUUAUUUGGCAUAAUCAUGAAUACAGUUCUGCUCCAAAUAUAAGAGAGACAUUUACUUCUAUCAACUAACUAUAAAGAAUAAUAAAAAUAUACUUGAAGGAGUCUUCUCCCCUAUAUGAUUUAUUGAUAUUUGUACCAGUCAGUGUCCACAAGUUUGUUUGUUUUGUUUUGUUGUUGUUUUUUUAUUUCAGAAGACUUAAUCAUCAUUUCACAAUUUAGGUAAUAUCUCUUCUCUAUGGCGUUACACAUUCCUUUCGAUGCUUGUUUGUUUUACAAAGAUAAUAAUGAUAAUAAUAAUAAUAAGUAUUAAUCAUAAAAACACUAAUAUUGUGUAUUUUUUCCUAUAAUGUCAACACUAUCAAAUAUCAUGCAUGAUAAGGCCUGUAUAAAUACGCUGUCUAUACAUAAUUAUUAUUAUUAAUAUUAUCACAAUUGGAAGAUACUACUAGUCAGUAAUAAUUAAAUAAUAUAUGGUGUGUAACCUGUGAUUUUGUUGUCAUGAUAACAAAGCAUAAAUAGUCUUUGACACUGAAGACUAGAGCAAAAGAAAAUAAACAUUGAUAUGACAAAUUCGUCUGUCUGUUGAAACACAUUCCCCCUAUAUGACUUCUUUGGCUAAAGUUAAUUAAGACUUGUGUUAUUCAUGUACUCUUCAGCC